AUGCUGCUUGAAAGAGGUCACGUGUUCGCUGAAGGAUCAAGACUCCCUGCCGCAUUGAUUGCCACAAUUGAGAUGGCGCCAAAAGAGGAUCCCGUCACAACUGUGUUAAACUUCGUCAAUGCACAAAACAGGCCUUUGAACUCUCAGUACGUCGCCGACCAUCUCCAGACCUCUGGCAACGUGCGGAGCAAGGCCGCUGCCGAAAAAGCUCUGCUCUCUUUGGCAGAAAGCGGCAAAGUCAAGGUAAAGGAGUAUGGCAAGCAGAAGGUCUUCCUUGCCGAUCAAGACCAGUUCGAUAAGCCAGAAGCGGAGGAACUGGAGCGGAGGGGAAAGGAGAAUGACGCAUUGGCUGUCGAGGUCGCUGAGGCAGAGAGAGGCGUCCAAGAACUCGAAGCAGAGGUGAAGACGCUCGAGUCCUCGCUGACGAUGGAAGAGAUUGCAUCUCGCCUCAAGAAAGUGACAGACGAAAAUGCCGCUAUGGACGCCAAACUGGUCACGCUGCGGGACGGGAAGGUUCUGAUCACUGCUGAGGACCGGAAAAAAGUGGAGGAGAGGUUCACGACCGGACUGACUCAAUGGCGGAAACGGAAACGAAUGUUCAAGGAGCUGUGGAACCAGAUAACCGAAAGCAUGACCAAAAACCUGAAAGAUUUCCAGGAGGAGCUUGGGAUUGAAACGGACGAAGAUGCGGGAGUAGACAUUGGGACAUACGAACAGCUUCUGCCUAAACGACGAAAGUUUUGAGUUCACUCAAAUUGACCACUAUAAGCACCCAAACCCUGGCAGGUUAGCAUGCAGGCAACUGCCAGCGUGCGCGCGCGGCGUAGAAGCUACAAAUAUGUAACUUAGCCAUCAAGGAUAUGAGGUUGUAAGUACUUCUUGAACAAUUUUAUUGCUACGUCAUCUUGGUCAGUAUAGGAAAUUUUCGUCGUGGAAGAAAGUCUGGCACGUGCCGGUGUUAUCAUCAUGCAGC